AUGGAAGGACUAGAUACUUUACUUAAUGUCUAUGACUACCUUCUAAGUGGUGCAAACCCUGCUGUUGUAGGUGAGAUGAAGCUGCUGUUCUACAACCUCAUCACAAACAAAGUUUCAUAUCAAGAAGCAAAGUUAAAGUCGAUUUCAUUAGUAGGAGUGAGUGAUCCAAUCGACAGAUUGUAUUCCUUAUUACUUGUACCUGAUGAGCCACUUCCUACACGCCACUCAUCUAGAAAAUAUUCCUCUUCAAGGGGCUCUAAUUCGUGGAAUAAAAUUGAAGAUCAAAGACUCCUUGCAGGCAUUAGACGCUACGGUUUGUCGGAGUUCAAGAAAAUUUCCGUUUUUGUCGGAAAUGGAAGGAAUCGUGGUCAAUGUUCACAGAGAUGGCACAGAUCGUUAAACCCUCUUAUCAACAAGACUACAUGGACACAAGAAGAAGACUUACUUUUAAUUGAAGCCGUAAACAGAGUUGGAAACCACUGUUGGUCAAAAGUUGCCCAAGAAUUCAACGGAAGCACAGAUGUUCAAUGUAGGUACAGAUACCAACUUAUCUCAAAGAAAUACCCUGAAGACCUUGGAAUCAAACCUAGUGAGUACUUCAACAAGUAUUAUUUGAAACGCCCACCAGAUGCAAAGCGUAAUGCAUCACCUGCAAAAGCAGCCCCACCUGCUCAGAAAGAAACAGCAUCAAACCAAAAUGACAGUGCAAUCGAAUUUGAUAGCAUUGUUGAUGCAUUCCAGCUGCUUGACCUCAUAAAGGUUUCAAACUCAGAUCCAUCAAGCCUCUUCAACACCUUUGAAGAACUAAUCAAAUAA